CCCUCCUUUCAUCUAUAUAUACACAUACAUGCUAUUCCAACAGCCAAACCAAGUCCACUUAUCUCCACAAGUAAACAUUUAUCCACCUUUUUCUCCAAAGUUGUUUCUGAAGGUCAAGCUUUUACAGAAAUGGCUAUUCGAGUUCCUGCAAUUAUGCAUGUUAAGCAGUUUCUCCGUGGGUCUUUUCUAAGCGGCAAAGAAGCAGCUUUCACAACUAAAAUUGUUCCGAAAGGUUACUUUGCAGUCUAUGUUGGUGAGGGCCAGAAGAGGCGGUUCAUUCUACCUAUAUCAUACCUAAAUGAGCCUUCAUUUCAGAACUUGUUAAAUGAGGCUGCAGAAGAAUUUGGGUUUGAUCAUCCAAUGGGUGGUCUAACAAUUCCUUGCAGAGAAGAUGUCCUUAUUGAUCUCACUUCUCGCUUAAACAGAUUGUGAUACAUGGCAGCAAGAUUAAUCAGCAAACAGAUUUGUAAACUCAUGCACUUUAUCUCUUUCUGGAGAAGGAUAAGGUUGUGAAUGUUGCUAAGCAGAAGGUACUGCAGUAUCUGAAGAACAUAUCCCUUUGCCUUGGACUGCUCAGGGCAAGCAGAUUUUCCAGAAGAUGUGGGGAGUUCAAGAGGCCACAGAUUUGAAGGCAAUGUGGAGAAACUCAGAGGAGGUGCUUCAUGGUUCCAACUUUAUACCCGAAAUAUCUCACAAAAUUCCACGCAGAGAAGCCUUCUGUGAUCUACUUGUAAUCUGGGUGGCUCAAUAGAGAAAUGAAAGACAUGAUAAUGAGUAGUGUUGAGAACACCAUU